AACCAGCCAUGCGAGACUCUGUGCACAGAAAUGGCUGCUGAGGCUGUCGCUUGGUGGAGGGUGAUCGGCGGCGACCAUUGUCAACAACCAUUCUGGAAUGAAGAGGUUUUUUAUCCAGCUCGCGCUUCCAUUGGCAAUGUAAUAGGCAAGGUUGCAGAGAAAAGCAACAGACAAACUUAUCAAUUGCCGCUGGCUCACAAGCUUGAAUACGAAGCGGCUCACAUGUCCGACAACGAAGCGAUCCGGAAGAAGCGGCAAGCCUUAACGUAUUGUUCCUGCAACAUCACGGUCAUCCUGAGCAAUAUAUGGAAACCAGAAGAUUGGCCAUGGCCAACCUGUAACGAUCACGACUAGACGAGGCAAGGCGUACCGUUGGAGACAGGGAGCGUAGUAGGAGUGUGGUUUUGGCA